AUGGCGCAAGCACAACCACGGCCACCUCACAUCGCAAUUCUUCCGAGUCCGGGCAUGGGCCACCUCAUCCCACUCGCCGAGUUCGCCAAGCGAGUCGUCCACUACCACAAUUUCACGGUCACCUUCAUCGUCCCCUGCGAUGGCCCUCCGACGAAGGCCCAGAAAUCCGUCCUCGACGCCCUCCCAAUCGCAAUUGACCACGUGUUCCUCCCGCCGGUCAGCUUCGACGAUCUUCCCCAGGGCUCCAAAAUCGAAACACUAAUUUCCCUCACCGUCAGUCGGUCCCUGACCUCCCUCCAUGACGCGAUCAAGUCCUUGAUUUCCCGCGCAAACCUCGUCGGCCUCGUGGUUGAUCUCUUCGGCACCGACGCCUUCGACGUCGCCGAAGAAUUUAACCUCUCCAAGUACAUUUUCUUCCCUUCCACGGCCAUGGCGCUGUCUCUCUUCCUCUACUUGCCGAAGCUCGACGAAACGACGUCGUGCGAGUACAGGGAGCUUGCGGAGCCGGUCACAAUCCCCGGGUGCAUUCCGAUUCACGGUCGCGAUUUGCUCGACCCGGUUCAGGAUCGUAAGGACGAGGCCUACAAAUGGGCCCUUCACCACUCGAAACGGUACCGUUUGGCCGACGGUAUCAUGGUGAAUAGCUUCGCGGAGUUGGAGCCCGGCGCUUUGAGAGCGUUGCAAGAGAGCGAACCGGGUAAGCCGCCGGUUUACCCGGUUGGACCGCUCGUGAAAAUGGAGUUCAGUAACGCUUUGGACGAGCAGUCUUCCAAGUGUCUGAAGUGGCUGGAUGAGCAGCCACGUGGGUCUGUGCUGUACGUCUCCUUCGGGAGUGGCGGGACCCUGUCGUAUGACCAGAUCAAUGAGUUGGCUCUUGGGUUGGAAAUGAGUGAGCAGAGGUUCUUGUGGGUGGUGAGGAGCCCAAGCGACAAGGCUGCCAAUGCCACCUAUUUCAGCGUUCACAGCCAAAACGACCCGUUGGAGUUUUUGCCAAAAGGAUUUUUGGGUAGGACCCAGGGGAGGGGCCUGGUGGUCCCCAAUUGGGCCCCACAGGCCCAGAUUCUAGGCCACAUGUCCACAGGAGGGUUCUUGACCCAUUGUGGUUGGAACUCGGCCUUGGAGAGCGUUGUAAAUGGCGUGCCUCUUGUGGCCUGGCCGCUGUACGCCGAGCAGAAAAUGAACGCUGUGAUGUUCACUGAGGACAUAAAAGUGGCAUUGAGGCCCAAAGCCAGUGAAAAUGGGCUGGUGGGUAGGGAGGAAAUUGCUCUGGUGGUUCAGGCUCUCAUGGAAGGCGAGGACGGUAAGCGGCUCAGAAACCGAAUGAAGGACCUGAAAGAUGCCGCCGCUAAAGCUCUGAGUGAGGAUGGGGCUUCCACAAAGGCACUCGCUCAUGUGGUGACGAAGUGGAAAACCCAAUUUUCCAAUUGA